GGAGUACUAGCACUAAUACUAAUACUAAUACAAAUACCAUAUAGAGAGAAGUACAGCAUUAUACCCCGUAAAAUAAAGAAAUAUCAGAGAGAGUGUAGAGAAGUACGAAACAUCGGUGUGUUGAGCUUAAAGUGUAGAGAAGUCUCGGUCAUGCGCAGUAGGGUCAUAUUGAUCUCGCCAUAGUAACGAUUCCCUCUUCUCCUAUCCGUUUGGUUGCACGAUCUGCCAGUACAGCAAGGCAGAAACUAUAGUGUAGUACGGGGUGUACCUUAUACAGCACAGACUAUGUGUCCCACAGCGUUGAUUCCCUCCCUUUUGAAGAAGACACAUACAUACACGGGGGUAACUUCUGGCUCUAUCUCUCUCUGGCUCACAGAUUCGCCUGAAAUAGUGCUUGGUGUACAGGGUAGCCAAGAGGAGUAGUAGAGAAAUGGGGUUAUAUGUGGGACGUUCAACAGCGGGGGUUUCUGCCAAGCGCGAACUGCUGCGCUCUAAGACUAAAUGAAUAUCAGUCCACCGUUGAACGUCGACGGGUUUGUACACUUUAUUCCCACCGUCGUAAGAGUUAAGUCGUACAGUUUUUAGUAAUAAUAAACCAAACUAAACCAAACCGAAAUUCAAACUGUUGGCUCGAAUGUGCUACUAUUGUAUCUGAUUUUUCGUAUUAAAUCUCGGGAAAAUUGGACUAGACUCAGACUCAGACUCAGAUUUUGGAUCUCUCAUUCGGCAGCACUGUUUUUAUGUAAAUAAACCUACCUACCUAUCUUUGUAUCGAUGAUAGCACCAGCAAUUAUAGCAAUAAAGAUAACUCGAAUGUUCUUAUUGUUCUGCUGAAUCAACUGGCCCAGCUGUCAAAGUUAUUGAUGGUGGUUUUUGCAUACGUCCGCGAAUUACUGGUAUUAAGUUGUCCCAGUAAAUAGUGAGCUGUACCAGCAGUUGAGCUCGUCUCGAGGGCUGAUAGAUCGCAACCAGCUAAUGGUUACUACCAGUUACUCGAGAUUCAAGUGGAAGAGAAAUUGAAGGCUAAAGAGUUAACCACUGAAGAGGGUAAGCGAAACAGAGGAGGUAUUCUCAAGAGGGAAGAAUAGAGAAUAAAGUGAAGAAUAAAGAAUAAAAAGCGGCGAGAGGUUGGUCAGAUCUAUUGUGCCGCAUGACCUGGAUGCCAGUGCGUCAGUUAUUGGCGUGAUAAUUUUUUCGGUACCAUGUCAUUGUCGAGGAACCACUAUGUUCCAGUUGAACAUGGAUUGUCGCCGUAGCUGGGCUAAAGUUCAGCUGGAACAGGAGCUGGAAUGCCGCGCCAAUAAGCUAAGCUCACCCGGCAGUCGGAUUAAGAACAAAAACAAAAACAAGAUUAAAAAUAAGACGCGGGCACCAGCUGAAAUUUAACCGCCGGGAAGUGUUGUUGUUGUUGUUGCUGUUGUUGUUGUUGUUAUUGUUCUUCGCGUAUCAUUGUUGUUAGUCACGUGUCUAGUCUGCGGUGGCAUUAGUAUCGAAUCAGAGCCUUGGCUACGUGAAAAUGUUUAACGUGUUUGUUAACGCUCAUUCAACACUUUUACUCUUCUUAAAUUUCUUCUUAAACUUCUUAAGCUACUACAACUUCUAUUACAACAACUUGUUAUCGCUUAUUGCAACCUCAUCUUCACUUAAAUCGCUUCAGUCCUCUGUAACAGUGUGUCGUGAUUUUGGCGUGUCUGGAUCUGGAUCAUCGGUAUCAUCAAUUAACGGUUACCACUUAAACUCUCAGUUGUUGCCGUUGUCACUCAACCGGAGAUUGUCACAAGCUCAAAACGAGGCUCUGUGUAACUCGUUCUAGGGAAUCCUGUGUCUUACAAGGUGACCACGUGACAACCUCUGUUCAUGCAUCAAACGGGGCCGUUUUUUAUCCCCGGGGACGAAAUAAUGACGAAACGUUACUGGACCCUUUUAGCGGUAAUCGCUCUUACCGCAACGGGGCUGGUAAGUGGUGGUGUUCAUGAGAAGCGGCUGCUAAACGACUUGCUGGAUAACUACAACGUAUUGGAGCGACCGGUGUUUAACGAGUCUGAGCCUCUGCCGUUGAGCUUCGGCCUGACACUUAUGCAAAUAAUCGACGUUGACGAGAAGAAUCAAUUACUCAUUACCAAUCUGUGGCUGAAACUGGAGUGGAAUGACGUCAACAUGAGGUGGAAUGUCUCGCAAUACGGAGGGGUGAAAGACCUUAGAAUUCCGCCUCACAGAUUAUGGAAGCCCGACGUCCUUAUGUACAACAGUGCUGACGAAGGAUUCGACGGUACAUAUCCAACAAACGUUGUUGUGAAAGACAACGGAACUUGCCUCUACGUCCCGCCGGGUAUAUUCAAGAGUACGUGCAAAAUAGACAUCACCUGGUUCCCAUUCGACGACCAGCGUUGCGAGAUGAAAUUUGGCUCAUGGACUUACGACGGGUUUCAGUUGGAUCUUCAGCUGCAGGACGAGUCUGGCGGGGAUAUAAGCAGUUUCAUUACCAACGGCGAGUGGGAUUUGUUGGGCGUGCCUGGCAAGAGGAAUGUCAUCUACUACAACUGCUGCCCAGAGCCCUACAUAGAUAUAACAUUUGUGGUUAUCAUAAGGAGACGAACACUUUAUUACUUCUUCAAUCUGAUUGUACCGUGCGUUCUUAUUGCCAGCAUGGCUGUAUUAGGAUUUACUUUACCACCUGACUCCGGUGAAAAGUUAUCUCUCGGGGUGACUAUUCUCCUGUCUCUUACUGUGUUCUUAAACAUGGUUGCCGAGACAAUGCCAGCAACGUCCGAUGCUGUACCGUUAUUAGGAACAUACUUCAAUUGUAUCAUGUUUAUGGUUGCCAGCAGUGUGGUCAGCACUAUUCUCAUAUUGAAUUAUCACCACCGUAAUUCUGACACUCACGAAAUGUCUGAAUGGGUGCGGAUUCUGUUCUUAAAAUGGCUGCCUUGCUUCCUCCGAAUGUCGAGGCCCGCAGACAAAGAAGACAAAGACGGCCAGAAAUCGCAGAAACCAUCUCCAGUGACUGGUCCAACAAAAGGAUACGGCGACCUGGAGCUUCCGCAGAAGAGCAGCAAAUCGUUACUUGCAAACGUGUUGGACCUCGACGACAAUGCCUUGGCGACUCACAAUAACAUGUUAAACAACGUGUACAGCACACCGGGUCCUCAUCACCACAUAAGUCACAGUCACAGCCAUAUGCACACAGCAGCGUCUCAAACACCCCAUCACCAUCACAGUCACACACCGGCGCCGACGCCUCAUCAUCAGCACUCGACGCCGCUUCCACACUCUUCGUACUCCCAUCAAAUAAGUCACACACCGCACCACCAUCAGCAUCCCCAAGACGGCGGACCACCGCAGGUUGAAACGAUAUUACAAAACACUUGUUUAUGCUCGCGCUACGAGCUCGUUCUCAUUUUAAAGGAAAUUAAGAUUAUAACCGAUCAAUUAAAAGAUAACGACGAGCAAACAAAAAUAACAAACGACUGGAAGUUUGCAGCGAUGGUGAUUGACAGGAUGUGCCUAAUCAUUUUUACACUGUUCACCAUAAUUGCCACAAUCACCGUCCUAUUCUCGGCGCCUCACAUUAUCGUCACGUGAUUUAGGAAAAAGCAAGCUCGCCACAACGUGGAGACGCUGAGCAUCGCAAUAAUCGCUU